UGUCUCGGCGGGAUGAUGGCCGCUCUGCCUCUGCCCACAGAGGAGCCGCUGCGGUGCGACGUGGAGCUGCUCUUCGCCGAGGAGCAGCUGCCGGCGGGGCUGCAGCUCGUCAGCCCCACCCAGAAAGCCCUGCAGCUGGAGGUGCAGCCGAGAGAGGAGGGCGCCGACCUGACUGUGAGAGACGCUGAUGGAGUCUGUUUCCUUAAAUUCUUCGUUAAUGGAGACACUGAAUACUGUCAUGUGGGAAGGCAGUCUGUGUUAAUUAUGCUGGGGUACAACAGUGCCUUGCUCCAGUUCAAGUCGCAAUCUGAAUACAACAUACUUUUAAAUAUAUUGAAGAGAUACCCUAGCCAAAAGGAGAAGUCUAUGUUGAGUCAGCAAACAGAGGAAGCAUAUGCUGCUCAGUAUUUUCAGUCCUAUGGCUAUCUGUCUCUGCAACAGAAUAUGAUGCAGGAUUUUGUGUGGACAGCCACUUACCACAGAGCUAUCCUACAAAAUCACAUAGAUUUUACAGACAAGGUGGUCCUAGAUGUUGGCUGCGGAUUAGGAAUCCUUUCGUUUUUUGCAGUGCAGGUUGGAGCUAAAAAAGUCUAUGCGGUUGAAGCCAGUUCGAUGGCAAAAUAUGCAGAGCUGUUGGUGAGAAGCAACAACCUAUCUGACAAGAUCACAGUUCUGUUUGGAAAAAUUGAGGAGAUCUCCCUACCUGAGUGUGUUGAUGUGGUAAUUUCUGAACCAAUGGGUUACAUGCUGCUCAAUGAAAGAGUGUUGGGAAGUUACCUCCAUUCCAAAAAAUGGUUGAAGUCAAAUGGAAUUAUGUUCCCAACAUACAGUAACAUUUAUUUGGCUCCUUUUUCCGAUGAGCAGUUGUACAUGGAGCAGCAUUGCAGAGCCAGUUUUUGGUACCAAGAAUUCUUUUAUGGGGUCAACCUGACCAGUCUGCACAGUGCAGCUGUGGAUGAAUAUUUCCAGCAACCUAUUGUGGAUACUUUUGAUGCAAGAAUUCUGGUGGCCCAGACAGUGAAAUACACUCUUAACUUCAUCGAAGCGGCUGAGGAAGAUUUGCAUAGAGUGGAAAUCCCUUUUAUUUUCCAAAUUAUGCAGUCUGGACUAAUCCAUGGCCUGGCCUUCUGGUUUGAUGUGGCAUUUGUAGGAUCACAAGAAAUUGUUUGGUUGUCCACUGCACCGACAGAACCUCUCACUCACUGGUAUCAAGUACGCUGCCUUUUUCAGACACCCCUCUUUGCUAAAGAAGGACAAACUCUCUCAGGGAAAGUCCUACUUGUUGCCAAUGUUCGACGAAGUUAUGAUAUUCAGAUUGUGGCAGUGGUGGACCAGACAGGAUUUAGAUCUGGUAACAUUCUUGAUUUAAAGAAUCCAUUUUUUAGGUGUGCAUACAAUAUACCGUAAUAUGGCAUCUGAAAACAGAAGUGAGAUUCUCACCAAGCUGACUAACCAGUGAGACUGAAAACAGUUCAGUACUUAGUAGGCCUAUUGGUGCUUGUGUAAAAUUAAUUUCUGACUGUACGUAUCUGUAACUGUAUGCAAGUCACAAGAGAACAUUGUAAUUCCAUCCCUUUUUUUGUUUAAUUGAAAUUUAGCCUGCUCUCACAUUUACAGACUUCAGCUGGAGCAGACUCAAUUUUAUUCCAGAAAAUUCAUCUAGUACAGAACAAGAACUACCUCUCUGUGUUUAUUUCUGUUCUAGAGUAAGCUCACAUU